AUGAAUAAAAAUGAUGAAAAUGAACAAACUCCAAAAAAUACUGUCUAUAAAAUCCAUAAAAAAAAAUUUUGUAAAAAUAAGAUAAAUAAAGAAUGCCCAUUUUAUGUAAAUUAUGAUAUACUUGUAAAAAAUUAUAAAAAUGAAAAAAAUUAUAUUGAUCUAAAUCUUGAAAUUAAUUAUAAUUUAGAAGAAAUAGAAGAAAACAACGAAAAUAUAAAAAAAUGUAUAUUUAUAGCCAAUGAAAAAAAUAAGGGUAAUUUGGGUGAACAAAAAGCUAGCUCAAAAAACGAUAAAAUAAAUAACCAACAUGAAACUAAUUACAAUAUUGAUUCUAUAAACAAUUUUAUUUCAUCAAAACACAAAAAAAAAGGCAACAACCCAAAUUGUGAAAAUAGAGAAAGUAGUAGAAGAAACCAGGCAAAUAUUGAUGUAAGCUCUGAAGAAGAAAGAAAAACAAAUAUAGAUAAAAACAAAAGUAAAGACAACAUAAAAAAUAACAAUAACCAUGAAUAUUAUUCUUCCGAUUCUAAUGGUACCUAUUGCUCGGACUUAUCUGAUAAUUACUCCGAAAUUGAGAAAAAAAGUAUGAACUUUUCUCAACGAAUUACAUAUGAUGAUAUAAUACCCAAUAAGAUAAAUCUAUAUGAUACAACAAUUGAUUUAAAUAGUCACAAGAAUAAUAAAAAUAAAAGUAAAAACAAUAAUAAAAAUAAAAAUGAUAUUGACGAUAUAUCUUAUGGAGUAACCAAACUAAAACCCUCAAUAUCAAAUGAUUCUUCUUUAUUAUUUGAUGAUAGUAAUAAUGAAAGCUUUAACUAUGCAUAUAAUGUAAAUUCGAGCAGUAAUUACAAUAGGAGUGAUAGUAAUAAUACUGAGUUUUACUCGUCAAACAUAUUUUCGAAGCAACAUAAAUAUCCGUUCCUGGAUAAAUUGUAUUGUUCUAAGGAGGAAGAACGAAACAAAUAUAAUAAUCUCGACAGUGAAUUGGUAAGAGAACGGAGUUCACCUAUACGAUUACAAUUUAAUAAAAAGGAUAAAAUAUUAAAUAGAAGAAAAAGUGAAGAUGAUAUAUUAAAUAAAUAUGAAAAAAUAAUAAAAAUAAUGAAAUAUUUAAGAAGGAUAAAAACUAGACAUCCAGAAAUUGAAACUAUUGUUUCUAUUCUUUCAAAUAAUAUUAAAAAUGUUACGUUCAACUGUGAGAAAAUGUUUUCAUCAAGACGUGAACUAAAUGAUUUCUUAAAAAAAAUAUACAUCUAUCAAAUUUACCUACUAAAAAAAGUAGUUUUUAAAAAAAAUUAUUCCUCAAAAAAGGAUCAUAUCAAAAACCCUUCAAUGCAAAAAGUAUCAUUUGUAAAUAUCAAUCAAUCUCAUCUAAGAGAUCAUUCGGAAAUCCCUGAUGACACAAAGAGAGAUUCUAAUUACUUACUCUACUAUCUAAGCAAAAAUCCGUCCUUUAAUGUACCAAAUAAUCUUUUAUAUGAAAAUUCGGAUGUAAAUAAAGAUCAUAGUAAUAGACAAAAUAGCAUUGAUAUGUUAGGCAAUAUACACAAAUAUAUUGAUCUAAAAAGAAAUACCAAAGAUAUAGAAAACAAAACAUAUUAUGACCGAAAAAAUGAUGGAAAUAAAAAAAAUAAUAAUAAAAGUAGUGACUACUCUGACGAAGAGCAAAAUUAUAAUUAUAAACAACAUGUUAAUAAAAUAAACGAAAAUAAAAAAAAAAGUCAUCGGCAUAAUAUCAAUUCUAAUAAUGCAUUUGAUAAAGUGGAAAAUUGCCAAGAAAAAAGAGACAUAUCUGUGAAACCAAGAAAGAAUCAUAUAUUAAAUAUAAAAAACGAGUUAGCCAAUACAGAAGAAAUAUAUACCAAUGAUUAUAAUAAUAGUAAUACAUUUGCUAACCCCCCAUUAAAUGAAUGCAACCCAAAUAAUAAUUUUUUAAAGCGUGUCGACAAUGAGAAAGAUAGACAUAUGAUGGAUGACCCAGAUCCCAAAGAGACACACGGAAAUUCCAAUUUUAAUAUCAUACAAAAGGGGGGAGAAAUUGAAAAAAAUUAUAUGGGUUUCAAAAAGGGACUAAAUAUGAAUGCUCUUAAUUUAGAGAAUAAAUGUGAUCCUAUCAAAAAAAAUGUUCCCGAAAAUGAUAAAUGUCCAAAUACCUCUAUUGAUAAAGAUAAAUUAGAUAAAAAAACUUACGUGUUAUACUAUGAUGUCAAUAAAGAAAUAUAUACCAUAUCUAAUAGAGAUUCUGUUACACAUGCAUUGAAAACAACCCUUUUAAAUAGUAUAAAAUAUAUGUUGAUAUAUAUACAUGUGCUCACAUAUAUAUAUAAUAAUGCAAAAAAUAAUGAUAUAAUAUUACUUAAUGCUAUUGAACCUCAAAAUUUUACGGCCCUUCAGAAUUUCUUAUUUAAAAUUGAAGUGGAACUAGUCGAAUAUAAGCAUUUUAUUUUGUUAAUAACUAAAAAUUUUAAAAAAGUGAAUCUAGAGGCUUUAUACGGAUUAAAUGAUUUUUCAGUUUUUGAAAAGGUAUAUGGGAAAAAGAUAGCUCCAAGAUUUUUAGUUUCCCAAAAAGUAAAAAUGUUUUACAAAUAUGAUAUACUUUAUCACAGAUUUAAGGAACUUGAGAAUGUUCGAGCUUUCAGCGGAAUUAUUGAUGCAGUAGAAUUAAUAUAA